AUGCCGUUUCAACCGUAUGACAGCGACAGUGACAGCGACUAUGACAUGGAAAUUCAUGAUCUCACCGCUUACACAGACGAUGAUGUCAUCAAUUAUACGUCCAAUCCCACAAUGUCAUUCGAAGGUCUGGACCAGAUUGUUCAACCAAGUGAUAAUGGCAUCACUGCAGGCCCAGCAGCAGAUCAGACUGAUCAGAACGAAGAAGUGGAUGACGCAAAUAAUGCAGACUCAGGACCAUCAGAUGAAAUUGAUGUGGACAACCGAUCAGAUGAUGACGCAUCCCAGAACAGUACGAACUCUUCCAGCACAGUCGAUUCCUAUAUGUCGGACGAUCCUACAGUCGAACCAGGUGAAGCUAAUGAUGAAUGGGAGGAUAUCGACGAGACCAGCUCUGACGCUGGGAUAUUAGACCAAGGCUCCUCUGACCGUUGUUUGACAUGGUGUCGCACAACGAUCAAGGGUCUGCACGUUAAAUCACAAUACCGAAAGGCCAAACUCAUACAAGCUGAACAGCUGCUAUUGGAAUACCAGGAUCGUCUUUCAGCCUCAAGGGCUGAGGCAGCGCAUGGCAGGAACCUCAUCCGAGACCUCGAGGCGCAAAUUGAUGUCCUAAAAAAUGGCCUCAGACGCACCGAAAUCUCAUGGCCAAAGCACCUCGUGUCGUUUCUUCGAGGGGACAUGGCUAGCCUGCCCCUCGAACUGCGGACUUAUGAGGGAAUUUACAAGCUCAGCUGCCGAGAGUCAAACAUACUACCACAUCCGCAGAAUGUAUUGCCAGGGCUAAACAUGAGAGAAUUUGAUCCGGUUCUCGAUUGCCCAGUUGAACCAAUACCACUGACAGCGAAGUUCAGGAGGAUGCCGACGCUCGUGACGCAAUUCAAGAUUCUCGAGUGUAUGUUGUGCUUUUAUGGGCAACAAGUUCACGUUUUGUCGAGAUUAGAUCCGUUCGAGGAACCGUCACUGGAUACGGGAGUCCUAGGUGAUGAUCCAGAGAAUCCUCAACUUCUGCACCGCUUUCACGUUGGCGAUGCACCGGUUAGUCUUACAUACGCUAGGUCGCCAGCCGAGUUGUUAACACCAUUGCUCGUAUGCAAGAACUGGUUAUUUUGGGGUGUUCACUUGUUUUAUGGACAGAAUACAUUUGCAUUUUCAUCCCGCAACCGGAUUUCAUCUCGACGAACUCAACCACUUAUGUGGUUUAAACAAACUAUUCGCCUCAAAACUAUGGAUGUUUACCUUCAAGAGUCAUCUGAACGAUACAUGCGCCGCCAGUAUGAACCAGAGGGUGUCAUCAGAUACUUGAAGAAGAAUACUAUCAAUCAGCCGAACUACCGAAUGUUUAGGGCCCUAAGAACUCUUCAAGGUCUUGAUAACGUUCUUUGUUUACGUGGAGUCCAAAGCAUUGCGUUUUGGGAUCACACUAAGUGGCUGCGAGGUGGGCAUAAGUGUAGGGUGCGAGACAAAUCGUUUGUGCUCGAUGUGAGUAGGGCGGUACAGAAGCGCAAAAGUCAUGCCGAGUUUGAACAAUCAAGGUUACGAAGUCUUCAGGAGUUACUGCCAGACUUCAAACCCAACGAUGAUGUCUGGUGGGCUAUGGCUUGUGGCCUCGACGAGCUGGGAACUGAGCUAGACAUGAUUGAUAGGGACGAGGACGAUCUUGACCUUAAUGAUAACUCAGGUUCUGAUGUUGAUGCUUCAUCCAGCUCUAGCAGUUCUUCGGGCUCCGACCAAGGCUCUGACUCUGAUUCAGGUUCAGGUUCAGAUGAUGACGACGAUGACAAUGGCGGUCAGGAGUUUGAACGGGGUUCUGGUGGUCUACCUGUGUCGAGUCACAACCAAGUGUCCACGCCUAGAAGCUUGGUGUCCCUGAAUCUGGGGGCGCGAACAGAGCUUAUUGACCUAACCUUUGAAGAUGAUGGGCUCAGCUUCGAUGACACAGACUCCAGCAGCGAGGAGAACAAAACCAUAACCAGCAAUAUAUCAAACUUUGUCGACCUUACCAUUCACGAUCAAGACAGCCUCGGGGACGGUAAUGGACCCAUGGUUUCGGGGAGUAGCCAAACAGUCCAAGACCACGCCAGCCCAAAGUCGGAGCCCGUCUCUGUGGAAGACGAGAUCACCUCCCCGGGGAGUGAACCUACUACGUCCAGAACUGAGGAAGCCGGGAAUAACAGUGAAGGGUCGCUUUUUGUCAGCAAUGACGCAGACGUCGUUGAAUUGACGGAAGAUAUUCCCAAUAGAGGCCGCGAAAGCCGCUCCCCGCGUGAAGCAAUACGAGCAAUCGAAGCUCAUGUACGAACAACACCGGCCAGUGAGGCAUCGGCGGGUAGAAACCCCCAGACUGAGAGCUCUUUGUUCCUCAGUCCAACACAAUAUGGCGACAUAGUGCCGAGUACGAGCACCGGCCCGAGAACAGAAAUAAGCUCGAUAUCAUCAUUGAUGCGACGUGGUCAGGCCGGUGAUAGUGCUGGUGCGGCGGAUUCAGGCAGUUCAGAGAGUGGCCAGAGCAAGCGAUCCUAUGCUGAAAGUUGCGAUUUGAAUACCGAAGAUGGCUCUAGGAAGAGGGCGCGCAGCGAGCAGUCUCCAAGCGAGGGAAGUAGCCGGGGUAGUGCUUGCAAUCCCAUUGAGCUGUAG